AUGACCCAUACAGAAAAUACGCAGGCUGAGCCGGCGAUGCAUGCAAAGGGUGUCAUCGGGGCGCAUUCUGUUUCUGGUGAUAUUGGACACAUGCGAGAUGAAGAAAGUCCUUUGCUUCCGCGACCUGAUGCAGAGUCAAAGAAGGCCUUGAAGAGUGUUGGGACGAUUAUCGCUGUACUUUUACUGGGCGAAUUUAUUUCCAAUGCCGAUGCGACACUUGUGAUGGCGGCAGCAGGCCGCAUCUCGUCAGAGUUCAAUCGACUGCGCGAUGCCAGUUGGCUCUCCACGGGUUAUACAUUGGGUGUUUGUGCUGCCCAGCCCAUGUAUGGAAAAUUGAGCGACAUAUAUGGCCGUAAGCCGAUGCUGCUGCUCUCAUACCUAUUGUUCACGACUGGCUGUAUUAUGAGUGGCAUCGGAUCCAAGAUGCCGCUGGUUAUUCUUGGUCGCGCAAUUAGCGGAACGGGUGGCGCCGGAAUCAUGACCAUCAGCUCAAUUAUCAUCACAGACAUCGUGCCCAAGCGUGAGGUUGCUACGUGGAGAGCAUAUGUGAACAUUGCCAUGACACUGGGACGCAGUCUAGGAGGUCCCAUAGGUGGAUGGCUGAGCGAUACCAUCGGAUGGAGAUGGCUUUUCAUUCUUCAAGCCCCGUUUCUCGCCCUAGCUGCAGUUCUAGUGGUUGUUAAGCUACAUGUUGGCGAGAGCAAAGUCUCCGACGCUGAAGAAAAUAAACUUGGCAAGGUUGAUUUCUUAGGAACCGCGCUGCUGGGUUCAUCCAUUAUCGCUAUGACUACGCUCCUCGACCAAGGCGGAAAAUUGUUCCCAUGGAAUUCAUGGCCCACAGCCCUCUUUGCAAGUGGUGGAAUCUCAAUUCUAGUGGCAUUUGUUCUGGUUGAAGCCUUUGUAGCCCGCGAGCCAAUCUUCAACCUCCGCAUCCUCCGUCGAACGAAUGUACCGACAGCCUACUUUAUCGGUGCCCUCCAAAUAACCGCCCAGCUAGGAAUGAUGUUCUCAGUCCCAUUGUACUUCCAAGUCACCCAGCGAGCAUCGACCACAGCAGCGGGUGUUCAUCUCGUGCCUGCAGUGAUUGGAAACACCAUGGGCGGUCUGCUAGCUGGGAUGUUUAUCCGUCGAACAGGCCAGUUCAAGAUUCUGCUUGUGGUCGCCGGACUUGUGGCCUCAAUAUCUUACGUUCUUCUCUAUCUUUGCUGGAACGGUAACACUGGUUUCAGGGAGUCACUUUUUAUCCUCCCCGGUGGGCUCGGAACAGGUAUCGCCGCUGCCUCGUCAUUCAUUGCCAUGUCCGCUAUGCUCCCUCCCGAGGAAGUAGCCAUGGCGACUGCAGGAUACAUGCUCAUCACCGGAUUUUCUAUGACGGCUGGUGUGACAAUCUCUAACUCUGUUCUGGGCAUGGAAUUCCAGCGGCAGUUGCGGCAAAAUCUUCACGGGCCUGGCUCUGGCAAGAUUAUCGAACGCGCAAUGGCUGAUACGAACUACAUCAAGCACCUGAGUGGUCAAGUGCACGAGAUUGUGGUAGCUUGCUAUGUUUCGGGGCUUAAGCAUACAUAUUUGGUUUCCCUGGCUUGUUCACUUCUGGCGUCGUUCAGUGGGCUAUUCAUUGUACGCCAUCAGAUUUAG